AAAACCCGAAACCAGAGCCAGCAGGCGGACGGACGGGCAGCAGCAGCAGAAGCAGGAGCAGCAGCGGUGGAGUAUAAGCUCGACAGGGCCAGGGCAUUUUCGAAUCAGUUGGCUGCACGACGCCCUGCUCGAUGGCAACAAUCUCAGGCACCGUCUCCGUCGACGCCUGAUCCACUCACUGCUGGUCCAGCAGUCGGCCGUGAGACAGCAAUUCACUUCUUCUUGUGCCGGGUGCCGCAAAAGACAAACAAACGCGUGUGUGUGUGUCUGUGUGUGUGUGUUUGAUCCAGCAUCCAGCAGACGCUCGGGCAGAGAGAGAGAGAGAGAAACAACUUGUUCCGCUCGGCUACCAGAUAAACUCACGACUACAAAAGUGUGGUGGCUUUUUUUCCUUUUCUCUCUCCAGUGACUUUUGGCAGGGCCGUUUCAAUCGGGAUGCAGCCCGGUCCCCAGUCGCCGACGCACAGGCUCCAACAAGCAAAGGCGUGAGAAGUGGGACCGCGUGCAAACAAGACAAGACAAGACGACCAGCGCCCAAGAGCAACCGCAAGACGGGCAAACAAUGAAUAAGAAGGAGGAUCGAAAGCCCAUCAUCUCGCUGGAUCCGUUGGGGAUCCUCGUCAUUUUAUUGUAGGGGCAGCCGGGAAUAAAGAGGAAAACAACAGGAAAAAUCACCCCAGAAAAAAGAAGAAGAAAAGAAGGAGGGGCCCUUGCUUGCCUGCUUCUUCCGGAUAUUGCCAAUAAAGCGGGACGCAUCCGUUACCACUUCUUCCGGUUGGGUUAGCCGCAACCGAGCGCAGCCGGGCGAGGACCGCUGCGGCCAAACACAACACAACCGACGGCAGCACAGCAACACCACCAACCACCAAGAAGAAAGAAGAAAGAAAGAAAAGUGACAAACCUCAAUGUAGUGUACAGCAGUUAUUCUUUUGUCAAUCCAUCCGCUUCCACAAGCAAUUCACCGCGCCAGGAAUCUUGACCAACCUCCCAAUUUAAUCCAUUUAAUAAAAAGAAGAAAAUUCUAUAGGAGACUUGUCGACUUGCCUUCCGAAUUCUUUUGCCCGCAAAACAUUCGUGCACGACACACACAUCAACGGAGGAAAGAGCCAACCAAGAAGGAAGCGAAAAACGGAGAAGAUGAUGACGAUGAUGACAUUGGGCCAAUCCAAUCGAGCCACGUAUAACCACUUGUGACGAGAUCUUUUGUGAUUUUGCAAAAAGGAAACGCCGGAAUCAUUUCUCGCCGAUCUGAUUGGGCCAUUACUUUUUGUUGUGUGUGUAUUUGUGUUUGUGUGUGUGUGUGUGCGCCAGCGGCGGUGUUUGGUUCUCCCGGUGUUGUUGGUGUGUCGGCGUGUGUCGUGGAUGUGCGUCAGUGCCGCCGUGUCUGUGCGGGACGGAAGGAAGCCGAGCCGUCAGGAGCGGAUGCGUCUGCAUCUCUCGACGCGUCUGCAUCGUCGGCGGUGGUGGCUACACCAAGACGGGACGACGAAGACGAGCAGCUGGACCUGAAGAUUUGUCCCCCUGCUGUACGUAGAUCGGCGUCGACGACAAAGAGUCGAUAACUUUUGGGCGACUUUGGCGAAUCGAAUCGGUUGGAGUGGAGAGUCGAGCGAGGCGCCAGUCGUCGCAUUGGUCGAAUCAAAAUUGCGCCUCACAGCAGUGGUGAUCUUAGCGUGGCAAACGGUGGUGGUGCUGCUGGCAAUAUGGCGUCGGUGGCCGCCUGGUUGCCCUUCGCCCGAGCGGCAGCCAUCGGAUGGGUGCCUAUAGCCAACAAUCCUUUGCCUCCGCCGCCCAUCGCCAAGGAGCGGCGCAGGCCGGACGACGAGAAACUCAUCGUCAACGUCUCAGGACGGCGGUUCGAGACGUGGCGAAACACGCUGGAAAAAUACCCGGACACGCUGCUGGGCUCCAACGAGCGUGAAUUCUUCUACGACGAAGAGACGAAAGAGUACUUCUUCGACCGCGACCCGGACAUCUUCCGGCACAUCCUCAACUACUACCGGACGGGCAAACUGCACUACCCGAAGCACGAGUGCCUGACCAGCUACGACGAGGAGCUGGCCUUCUUCGGCAUCGUGCCGGACGUCAUCGGCGACUGCUGCUACGAGGACUACCGCGACCGCAAGCGGGAGAACGCCGAGCGCAUCAUGGACGACAAGCUGAGCGAGAACAACGAACAGAAUUCGCAAGCGGCCCAGGACCUGCGCAACACCCGCGAGAAAAUGUGGCGGGCCUUUGAGAACCCGCACACGUCGACGGCGGCCCUCGUCUUCUAUUACGUCACCGGCUUCUUCAUCGCCGUCAGCGUCAUGGCCAACGUCGUCGAGACGGUGCCGUGCACCCUGGGCAUGGCCAUGCCACUGGCCGCCGAUGGCCGGCUCUUGUCCAAGAACAGCGAAUCCAUUCCAUGCGGCGAGAGAUACAAAAUCAUCUUCUUCUGCCUAGACACGGCCUGCGUCAUGAUCUUCACUGCUGAAUACUUGCUCAGAUUAUUCGCCGCUCCCGACCGGUGCAAGUUCAUGCGCUCGGUCAUGUCCAUCAUCGACGUGGUGGCCAUUUUGCCCUACUACAUUGGCCUGGGCAUCUCCACUGAAAACGACGAUGUCUCAGGAGCGUUUGUGACGUUGCGAGUCUUCCGCGUCUUCCGCAUUUUCAAAUUUUCGCGGCAUUCGCAAGGCCUCCGCAUCCUGGGCUACACGCUCAAGAGCUGCGCCUCCGAGCUGGGCUUCCUCGUCUUCUCGCUGGCCAUGGCCAUCAUCAUCUUCGCCACUGUCAUGUUCUACGCAGAGAAGAACGUCGACGGAACCAAUUUCACCUCCAUUCCGGCCGCUUUCUGGUACACCAUCGUCACCAUGACAACUCUCGGGUACGGCGACAUGGUUCCCAAAACGAUAGCCGGCAAAGUGGUGGGCGGCGUCUGCUCGCUGAGCGGAGUGCUCGUCAUUGCCCUGCCCGUUCCCGUCAUCGUCUCCAACUUCAGUCGAAUUUACCACCAAAAUCAGCGGGCCGAUAAGCGCAAGGCUCAAAAGAAAGCGCGACUGGCUCGCAUCCGGCUGGCCAAAGCCACUUCGGGCGCCGCCUUCCUGUCCAAGAAACGGGCAGUCGAGUCGCGUCUCCUGGCCCAAGAGUCCGGACUGGGUCUCGACGGCGAAAACGGGGCCGGAGGCGCCGACGAUCAGCAUUGGCUACGAGAGGAGGACAUAUUCGAAUUACAGCAUCAUCAUCUGCUACGCUGCCUCGAGAAAGCCACGGAUCGUGAAUUCAUCGAACUGGAAAAUCCGUUCAACGGUCAACCGCAAUCGAUGCAAAGGUCGGGCGGAUCGCGGUCGACGUCGCCGACCGGAGGCCAGGGUUCUCUGGUGUCGCCGGCGGGCAACGUGCGGAAUAAGCCACAAGGAGGAGGAGGAGGACGGUCAUCCGCCUCUUCGCCAUUGUCGCCCGAUCGGCUCUCACAACAACAACAACAACAUUCGGCCAUGUGCCCUUGCUGUUCGUGCUGGACCUGCCUGCCACUUCACCAGCGGUCGUCGAGCACCUCUCCCGUGGCGUCGCCACCGCCCGUCCUCGGGCCCAGCGGUGGCGUUGCUCACCUGGCGAUGGACGACGUGCUGAUGGGAGCGUCAAUUGGCUCGGACGGGCCCAUCAGUCAAGGAUUCGCUCCGUCCAGCAGCAGCGGCAACGUGGCCAUUCGACGGAGGCACAACGAAACUUCGUCGUCCUCGUCCUCGUCGUCGUCGCCCAUGAUGCAACAACAGGCGGGUGGUGGUGGAGGAGGAGAAGGGCCGCUGGAAUUCCAAAUUGGCGGCGGAGGAGGUGGCGGCCAGCAGCAGCAGCAACCACCGGUAGAAACUCGGCAAACCAUUCUCCACAUCUCCGCCCUGUAAAAAAAAAGCGACAAGAUAAACCCAAAAAUUUCACGUUUUUAUUUAGGAAAAACAAAAACAAAUUGUGUCAAAAAAUUGAAAUUUACAACAAAAAAAAGUUGCGUCAUUUUUUUAGGUGAACAAUUAUCCCGUCAUGUGCCCUGUUUCUUAUACAUCAAUCCUUUUGAGCUCCCCAUUUUUUGGAAUGCCCCCUCAGUCAUAUUGAUGACCGUGUUGUUUUCGUCGUUUUAUAUCAAAAUGUUGAUUCAAUUCAGAACCGUCAAUGGACGGACAAGUGUACCCACCGCCCCGAAAUUUCUUUCCUGAUAAUUCUCGACCUCUCAGUGGCAUCCAACUUUGUUUCCCUCUUGUGUCCGUCGAUGAAUGUUUCGCGCACUUGUACGACGUCGCCCAACCCCAGUGAGGGCGAAAAGGCAUUUUCACAUUUUGUUUUAUUUUAUUUUUCAGACAAGACACGCGUCAUUUUUUUGUUUCAUUUUCCCGUGAAACGAAGUUGGCAGAACGUGAAAAACAACAGCAACAAAACAAUCAAGAAUUGAGAGAGAGAGAAGGAGAGAGAAGGAGGGAGGUGUGCGUUUGACAGAGACGAGCGAACCACACGCGUGUCCUUCGUUGCCGAUAUUUAUUUUUUGUUUUUCCUCACGUCUCGUCAAUUCCUCCAGACGCCUCCCGUCUCCAUCCAGACGGUGAGAUUUGAUCACGUCCUCCUUUGAAGGCGAUUCGACUCUUCUUCUUCUUCCUCUUUUCUGACUUCCCGUACGAGUGCGAUGAGUUGCGUCAAAGGCCCAAACUUCCAACCCCUGGCGCUUCCACGGCGAAACGAGACACAUUUUGUUUGUUGAUUGUCAAUCGAAAGAAUUCGGGCCAUGUCAAACGUUGUUGUUGUUGUUUUUUUUCUUGUUAUUAUUGUGCCCGUUCUCUUUCCAACAGAUCCGGCCGCUGUUACACACGCACACGCACAAAGACACAUUGAAAAGAAGAAUUAUAAAAUGGAGUUGCGCUUCCCCAUCCAAAUGGCGAAUCAAGACGGAUCGGCCAGCCGACACGCGCAAUCCAUUUAUUCAUUUGUUAUCCGUUAGCUGCUUAUUUAUUUUUUGGCACUUUCAAUUCUCACAUGGCGUGCGUGUCCUCGGGAAAAGAAUAGGAGACAACAACAACAAAAAAACACGCAGAUUCAAAUUAUUUUUAUUAUUUUUUUAAUCAACCAAACUGUAUAUGGGAAGAAAUAAGAAAGGAGGUCGACAUAUCUGCACGCGCCAGGCCGUCACACACGAAUUUGCAUGGCUGUGCAUUGAGCGGAACGUUGGACGAAAAAAAGAAAAGUUUGAAUUUCAAAA